GCUUCCGGUUUGACGAUCCAAAAUGGCGGCUCCCAGCAUGGGGUGGCCUGCACAGCGCCGGUGAGCGAGCGCCGCGCAACUCGGUCGCCUGAAUGGCAGUUCGCGUGACCCCGAGGCUGGGACCCCAGCUUGCAAAACUGGCUCGGAGCUUCCAUUACAGUGCCGUGAAGCAUGCCGGAAGUGAAUGGAGACUGAAGAAUGGUCUCCCCGCAAAUCCGUCAGAUCAUGGGCUUACAACUGACUUACCGGAUUGGUCGUUUGCUGAUGGCAGGCCCGCCCCCCCCAUGUCCGGCCAACUCUGUCGACAGGAAAAAAACAGAGAGAUUGUGAGGCGUAUAACCCAGCUCUCCGCAGAACUAGAUCAUGGAAUGAAGAAGUGGGAAGCGAAGAUGAGGAAGCAGGAACAAGAUGAGGAAGAGAAACAGUGGAACAGACUUCAACCUAAGGGAGCCUUACUCCAGCAGGUCCCGAAAUGAUUGCUCUUUUUUUCUGUAAUCUCAAGCUUAAAAAAAAGAUAAAUGUACAUUUUGUA